AUGCCAACGAACACCAUAAACCACUCAGAUUGCACCGUUUGCGCUCUUGAGGUUGACUGUGGCUUAACCUUAGCCGUUGGAGAUCUUUUUUCAAAGAAUACAAAUUUUACAAGAAAACUGAAAAUAGAUUCUGGAUAUGAGAGUGAAAACGAAUCACGAAUCUACAAGAUUUUUUCUUCAAAAGCAGAUGCAUGGAAGGGUAAAAAAGGAAGUUCAUGGUCACAGAAAGGAAACGAAAGAGUAGAGUCUUUUGAUCCUAUAUUUGGUAGGUUUGGUUGGCAAAGGUUAGAUAUCAAUCAAGAACACGAACCUUGUCCAAAAAUAAGCUCUUGUGUUUCGUCAAAACAAGACUUUCAACUAUUGGAAAAUACCAACAACAGCAAUAACAAAAUCGAGGCUUCAGGGUUGUGGUUUUCUUCAUUACAUGUUAGUAAAAGUACUACAAGUAACUCAAGUAGCUCAAGCAGCAUUACAAGCAUCAAAAGCAAUGCCAUCAUCAAAGAGGAGAGUAGUGAAAUCUUGUGGGAGGAUUUGAUAAUGGGAGAACAGAUUGGACAAGGUUCAUGUGGGACUGUAUAUCGUGCACUGUGGUAUGGAUCAGAUGUUGCGAUCAAGUUAUUUGAAUAUCAAGAGUAUCCAGAUGAUUUGAUGGUAUCAUUUAAACAGGAGGUAUCUCUAAUGAAAAAGCUUCGACAUCCAAAUAUUUUGCUCUUCAUGGGUUGCGUGACCUCGCCUCCGCAUUUAUCCAUUGUCACAGAGUUCCUUCCGCGUGGAAGUCUGUUUCGGAUACUUCAGCGAAAUACAACCCGAUUAGAUUGGAAACGUCGUCUACAUAUGGCGAUGGAUAUCGCACGAGGCAUGAAUUAUCUUCAUCAUUGCAAACCACCGAUUAUUCACCGUGAUUUGAAGUCUUCAAAUCUUCUUGUGGAUAAGAAUUGGACAGUGAAGGUCGGUGACUUUGGUCUCUCUCGUGUCAAGCAUCACACGUACCUCAAAACAAAGUCGGGGAGAGGAACGCCUCAAUGGAUGGCUCCAGAGAUCCUACGUAAUGAGGAAGCAGAUGAAAAGUCUGAUGUAUACAGCUAUGGUGUGGUAUUGUGGGAAAUUACCACUGAGAAGAUCCCAUGGAAUGAUCUUAACCCGAUGCAGGUUAUUGGAGCAGUAGGGUUCAUGAAUCGACGACUAGAGAUUCCAAAAGACGUGGAUCCACUGUGGGCUUCACUUAUCCAAAGCUGUUGGUGCAGUGAACCACAAUCCCGACCAACAUUCCAAGAAAUACUAAAUAAGUUUAAAGAUUUGCAAAAGAAUUUUCACCAUUUUUCCUUUGAAAGAAUUACAUUUGAUUCGGUUACACAAACAAGGGAAGCAAGCUGGACUUCUUACAUAUUUGGAGGCGAAUGGGAUUUUCAUGACAUGUUCCACAUGUGGUAUACGCGAAAGCGCUUCGCGAUGGAGGAUAAAGUGAUACCGAUAUUCCAAAUUGGGAUGCACAAAGAGAAACGACUCAUGGAACGAAAGCCAAAGAAGCAUCAAUAA